AUGGAAACAGCGCCUAGUGAGCAGACACAGGGAGCUGUAAAUAUCUCCUCUGCUGUAGAACGCCAGCAUGUGGAUCCUUGGACUGGCCGGGACAUGGUUGCAAAUAUUUUUGUGUUCCUAAGUCUGGCUGGGGGACCCAUGCUUCACUGCUUCCUGCUGUCCUGUCUGGGAACAGGGCUUCAGUCUCCAUCAUCAACCAUCCAGGGAGGAAUUGGGACCUCCACACGGACACUUUCAUCUUAUAGACCCACCAGCUCUGACUUCCACCUCCACAUCCCCAUGUACUUCUUCCUGGCCAACCUGUCCUUUGUAGACAUCUGUUUCACCUCCACCACCAUCCCCAGGUUGCUGUGGAACAUCCAGACUCAGAGCAAAGUCAUAACGUAUGAAGGCUGCAUCACACAGAUGUACUUCUUCAUAAUCUUUGCAGACUGGGAUCACUUUCUCCUGACCGUGAUGUCCUAUGACCGCUUUGUGGCCAUCUGUCAGCCCCUGCACUACAUGGCCAUCAUGAACCCCCGGCUCUGUGGACUGCUGGUUCUGGAGUCCUGGGUCAUCAGUGUUCUCAAUUCCUUGUUACAAAGCUUAAUGGUGUUGCGGCUGUCCUUCUGUUCAGAGGUGGAAAUCCCCCACUUUUUCUGUGAACUCAAUCAGGUCAUCGGGCAUGCCUGUUCUGAUACCUUUGUUAAUGACAUGAUGUUGAAUUUUGGAAUUCUACUGCUGGGUGGUGCUCCCCUGGCUGGAAUCAUUUAUUCCUACUCUAAGAUAGUUUCCUCCAUACAUAAAAUAUCAUCAGCUCAGGGCAAGUAUAAAGCAUUUUCCACCUGUGCAUCUCACCUCUCAGUUUCCCGCAGCACAGGCAACCUCGGGCUGGACAAGACCUGGUCGUCUCUUGUGCAGUCCUGUGUCUGA